AUGAUACUUUCAAGCAUUCAGAAUAAUCCAACACUAAACCUAACAGUUCCUAUCGAGAAAAAGAUAAAACUUAGUUUUGGACUUGAACAGAAAUUUGAAACAUUAAAUAGUUUAGACAAAGAUCUAUUAGUUGCAACUCAAAAUUUACGUUUAGCAAAAAAAUUGUUAGAAACGCGUAAACAGCAUCAAAGUCAAAAUACUAAGCAGUAUAUGAAGCGCAUACAAGAUCUUUCAAAUGAAAUUAAAUCAGAUCGAAAAGCUUAUAAAUUAAAUAAGAACAACAAGUUACAAGAAAAGGAAUCAUCUCUUAAAAAUGUCCGAGACGAACAUCAUAAACUUGUUGGUUAUAUUGAAACUCAAAUUGAGAGACAAAUUCGCUACAGAAAAUUCGAAUGGCUUCCAGAUACUGAUGUUUUUAAUGAUCAAAUAGAUGCCCUCCUCGAUGUUCUAAACUACUCUCGUGAAAAGUUAGAGAAAGAUAAAAGUUCUAAAGUCAGAACAAUCGGAAAAGUUCUCUCAGCAACACAAAGAACUGCGGAAUCUCUAAAAGUCGAACUUACUGCCAUGGAUACUAAGUACAGAAGGGAAAUUGGCGAGUUAACUAAGCGUAUUGAACAGAUAUCGCAGGAGAAUGAACAAAUCAAUAUGAAAAAUGCAAAUGAAGAAAAAAGAAUUAAUGAAUUUCAGGAAAGAAGAAUUGCAGAAGAAAAAUCACUUUGUGAUGAAUUAACAAAUCUAUACAAGUCAUUUGUCAGCACCCAAAACGAACGAUUGCAAGUUGCAAAGUCAAAAUGCGAGAUUAUGAAAAGAAUAGCAAAAGAAACUGGUGAUGAACUCAUAAAUCUCAAAACUCAACUAGAAGAUCUCAGAAAGGUCGUUAUUCCGCCAACAAUUGAAAGAGAUCAUGUAGAUGAAAUUGCAAUCAAAGCAAAAAUGAGGGUUGACAAAAUUAUUCUUCAGCAUUUGAAAGAAGAAAAUGAAAGACUUCAGAGAGAUUAUGACAUCUCCAUAUCUGGAAUGAAAUCUGAUCAAUGA